AUGGUCUUCUGCUGUUUCGGAGGAGGGCCGUCGUCGCCACGCGGCCUUGAAAGCAAAGGCUCGAAAUCAAAGGACGGUCCGCUGGAGCCCGUGGUGAUGCGCGCCGUGGGCGCGGACGGCGCGCUGCCGCGGUACUCGGAGGAGGAGCUGCGGCGGGCGACGAGCGACUGGCGCACCAAGCUGGGGGAAGGCGGCUUCGGCGCCGUCUACAAGGGCAUGCUGCUGCUGCCGGGGGGGGGAGGGGGCGGGGAGGAGGGGGAGGUGGAGGAGGGACUCGAGGCGACAUUGGAGGGGUUGGAAGUGGCGGAAGUGGAUGGGAAGCGGUUUGUUCCGGUAGCGGUGAAGAUGUGUCAUAUUGAGGAGGAGGAAGACACUGGGGGAAGGGAGCAGCUGAUGACGGAGAUCAUGGUGAUGACGGCUCUACGCCAUCCCAACGUGCUGCGGCUGCUGGGAAUGUCCGUGAUGGGCCGAUCCUUCUCCAUGGUCUCUGAAUUCGUCCCCGGUGGGGACGUUUCGCAGCGGUUAGAAAAAGCAAGGGAUGGGGAAAAGCCCUUCCCUUGGAAGGAGCGGCUGCGUGUAGCAGAGGGGAGUCUUGAGGGGCUUGCUGCGAUUCAAAGGGCAGGCUUCAUUCAUCGCGACUUUAAGAGUGCUAACGUGCUUCUCACCAAGACGCUCAUGCCCAAGGUAGCGGAUUUCGGAUUGGCCAAGUCGUCCGGGGACAAGACACAUGUCACGACGCGAGUGGCUGGGUCAUUCGGCUAUAUGGACCCUGCUUACUUUGAGCGAGGAUACCUAUCCGCGCACUGUGACACGUACGCGUUCGGCAUUUUCCUUCUCGAGCUCCUAACGGGAUACCCGGUGUUGGACGAUGGGUUUCAAGAGCCCAGGGAGAGGCUGAGCGACCCCGACUUUGCAGAUUACAGCGAGGUGGUGGAUAAGAGCUUGGAGGGGCAGUGGACGGAGGAGCAGGCAAGGUUCCUGGUGGGGGUGGUGCGCGGGGCCAUUCUGACCGAGUGGGAAGACCGACUCACCCUGGCGCAAAUACUUGAUGCGUGGAGGAACAAUCUGGGCACGGAAGGGUAA